GAUUUAUUGUCAUUGUGAACACCGAUUGAGUGAAAGGCAAUCAUUCAUUUGGGGAAACCGUGAUUUUUUGUUUGGAAUAGAAGAUAAUCCUGCUCGGCGAUGGAUUCAAGGUGGUUUUCAGUUAUCACAAUUGUUUGUUGUGUAUCACUGAAAAUAAAUGCACAACUAGGAAUUCCCAACAAUUACGUGUGUACAGAAGACUUUUGUGACAAUUAUCUCGAAAAUGAGCCAUGUGAAGGAUUGAAGUCCGCUUGUAAGGUGCAAAACUCAACUCACAAUGGCAUCAUCAUGCCAUCAAUUGGCCCUUGCUCGUGUUGUCAGAUAUGUAUUGAAAAUCUGAAGCUGGGAGAUGAUUGCUCGGUGGGUGGACUAGGCUCACCUGUGCCGACUGGAAUUUGUGGCCCAGGGCUGUACUGCACGGCUAACGAAGAAGAUGAACAUCCAACGUGUCAACCUAUGCAUGACUCAAGCGAAUGCUUCAAGGCGCAAAAAACGUUCGAUCUGAAACGGCAAGACGGCACGAUUGGUCAUUUGAUGCAACGACCUGAGUGUAAUGCAGAUGGCUAUUUUGAACCCGUAGUUUGUAUUCCUGGUCAGACGUGCUACUGCAUCGACGAAGAUGGGAAUCGAAUUUUUGGAGAAGCUGUCCAUACAGCGGCCAUUCAAAUAUCGAUGAGAUGUGAAUGUUCUCGACUAGCAGCAAAGGCGCAAAAGUUGCUUAACUCACGUUAUCCAAUCUUGACAUCCAGAUGCGAUUACAAAGGUUCUUUUGAUCAGCUACAAUGUGUGGAUGAUAUUUGCACUUGCGUUGAUAUGCACACUGGAGAGCCAACUUCCGACAGAAAGAAUAUUACUCGUGGACUAGCGGGACUGCCGUGCUUCAACAAACGUCUUCAUGAUAAUUCAACCUACCUGAGGGAAUGUGAAUUGGUAAAGCUGAAUCAGCUACGUGAAAUCCACGACUACGAGACACUUGGGUAUAAUGUAUUGGAGUUCGAUACGGACAUAUGUCAACCGGAUGGGUGGUUCAGCAGGAUUCAGGUGAAUGACACUCAUAAAUAUUGUUCAAACAAGGAUGGAAGUGUUCUGGAACCAUAUGUAACGAGCCGAAGUUCACCGGAAGCAUUGAGAAUGAACUGCAAAUGCGCAAGAGCACGGAAGCUAUUGAUGGAAAGUAACAGUUUGGAGCUUCCAGAAUGCUGCCCAAAUGGAAACUAUAAGCCACUUGCCUGUCGAAGGGGACAGUGUUAUUGCGUCGAUGAAGACGGAAAUCAACUUGGAAUAGAGAAACCGGCCAAACACAAAGACCAACUCGAAUGCUAUGAUGCCGAAGACGUUUGUGCCAAUGCUUGAUUGUUGCCAACAAAGUGAAUAAAUAGUUGAAAAUGUCCAUACAUUUAUCAAAUUGUGUUUAGAUACUUUCGUAGCAUUUUCGGUAUUUGACGGAACUGAGAAGUUCUGAUUUUAUGACAUAAAACUCUGUGCUACACCCUCGCAAGCCGUAGCAAAAAAAAAACAAGAAAUACAAAGUCUUAUUUCUAAA